AAAGAGGUUCCAAGGGAAAUGCAAAACUUGAUCAACUUGAGGCAUCUUUAUUUUGAUAAGACAAUGGAAUUUCCAGCCGGAUUAUUGCGGGGAUUAACUAAUCUCCGAACAUUGUCUUACUUUAAUGUGGGUAAGGAGAUGGGUGUUGGAAUUGAGGAAUUGGUUGGCUUGAACCACUUGAAAGGUGAAUUAAUCAUUCGUAAUCUGGAAAAUAUAAGGGAUGAAGAAGAAGCGAAGAAGGCAAAAUUAGAGGACAAGAAAAAUGUACUGGAGCUAAGUUAUGUAUGGGCAAGAAGCAGAAGCAAUCCAGAAGGUUUGGAGAGUAGGCCAAGCAGCGACUUUCAUGACGAGAAUGUACUAGAAGGACUCAAACCACAUACCAAGUUGGAGAGCUUGAGCAUUGAAAACUUCAUGGGUGAUAAAUUUCCUUCAUGGAUGAUGAGAAACCCUUUGCCUCUCAACAAUUUGAAGAAGGUCCUCCUUUUUGGCUGUCGCAGAUGCGAAGGGCUCCCAAUACUAGGCCAUCUACCGGGUCUUGGACAUGUCGAGAUUUCUGGAAUGCAUAACCUAAAACUCUUGGGAAGUGAAUUUUAUGGUUACAAUCAUGUUUACGAGGCUGCUGUGGCUACCCGAGAGAAGGUCUUAUUUCCAGCACUGAAAACAUUAAGCAUUGUAGGGUGCGGUGAGCUAACUGAAUGGAUGGAAGCACCCACAACGAUGACAUCGUCAACAAGUAAAGUAGUGGUGUUCCCUUGCUUGGAGGAGUUGGCUCUCGGGGGUUGUCCCUUAUUGAGAAAUGCUCCAAGUCAUUUCCCAUCUCUCAAGGAGUUGUGGAUAUGGGUCAUGGGCAGCGAGAAGCCGAUGGCAAGUAUAUGCAAUGAAGUGAGCACUCUGACUUCUCUCUAUAUAGAAAAAAUCAAGGGGCUUACUUCGCUGUCCUCAGGGAUGCUGAAGAAGAACAAGAAUCUCACAUCUUUGGUGAUCUGGAGUUGUGAUGAGAUGAUUCAUAUUGCUCCAAAUGUAUUUGGCUGCUGCGCAAAUCUUAGGGAGCUGACCAUUGGGGGUUGUAAAAAACUGGAGCAGCUAGCCGAGGGUCUAGACACGCUCCCUCUUCUCAGAAGUUGACCAUAAGAGAAUGUCCUACUCUAGAGUUCAUUCCGAUUGACCACGACAUGGCAUCCCUCCGCGAAUUGGAGAUAGAAGAUUGUGAUGGAUUAUCUAGUAUUGGCCUACUCGAUCACUGCACCUCUCUACAGGAAUUGGAGAUACGCAGUUGUGGAAAUCUAACAUCGAUUCCAAUCUCACAAGGCCUUGCAUCUCUCCGCAAAUUGAUUAUUUGGAAGUGUGGUGGAUUAUCUAGUAUUGGCAUACUCGAUCACUGCACCUCUCUACAAGAAUUGGAGAUAAGCGGAUGUGGAAAUCUAACAUCGAUUCCAAUCUCACAAGGCCUUGCAUCUCUCCGCAAAUUGGAGAUAGAAGAUUGUGAUGGAUUAUCUAGUAUUGGCAUACUCGAUCACUGCACCUCUCUGCAGGAAUUGCAGAUAAGCAUAUGUGGAAAUCUAACAUCCAUUCCAAUCUCACAAGGCCUUGCAUCUCUCCGCACAUUGGGUAUUUACAGGUGUGGUGGGUUAACGGGCCUACCGUGCGGGAUUGAAAACCCCUCUCUUCAGGAUUUAAUGAUAUCCGGUUUCUCAAGUCUAGAGACCAUUUCGUUUACACGUGUCCUCCCAUCUAUCCGCAUGUUGCAAGUUACGGGAUGCGAUGAAUUAUCUUGCUUGGCUGUCCUCGAAUACUGUCCCUCGCUUCAGAAAUUGAGUGUAAGCAAAUGCCCCAACCUAGCACCCAUUUCAUUUUCUGCGGAUUUGAAUCCAUGUCUUAAGGAGUUGCGUAUAGAUGAUUGCAAUGGUCUACAAUCCCUUCCAGAUUUCCGCAGUUUCACAUCCCUCCUUGUAUUGGAGAUUGAAGAAUGUACGAGUCUGGUAUGUGGGUUUCAUAUCCCGGUGUCUCUGGAGGAGUUGCGGAUUUCUGAAUGCCAUAACCUAGAGAGUAUUCCAAGUUUAGAUGAAUGCACAUCCCUCCGUCGGUUACAGGUUCGUGAUUGUGAGAAACUGAAGUCUCUGUCAACAGGGCUGCGCUGCCUCGCUCGUCUGGAGAAUUUGGAUUUAGGUCCUUUUUGGGAGGAGCUCGACUCCUUCCCUGAUUUUCAAGCUCCAUCACAACAACUUGACGAAUUAGAGUUGAAAGGGUGGCCUAAACUCAAGUCUCUUCCUCAACAAGUUCAACACUUCACUUCGCUGACAAAGUUGACUAUAAGAUCUUUCAAUGGAGUGGAGGCUUUACCAGAGUGGUUGGGCAACCUUGCAUCUCUCAAGCACCUGACUAUUUCGAAUUGUGAGAAUCUCAAGUAUCUACCUUCACUCAAAGCAAUGCAACGCCUCACCAAAUUAUAUAGUCUAGAGAUUUGUAGGUGUCCACUGCUAAAGGAAAGAUGCACCAAGGACAGCGGCGAAGAAUGGCCCAAGAUUUCUCACAUUCGAAAUAUCCAUAUUUGGCGGGAUUGAAGCUAUGCAAUGUCUCACUCAACUAGCUAGCACAAUUGGAUAUCUAUGGUUCCAAGUUUCAGGGGAUAUGCAUUGAGAAGUGUUGGAAGUUGCAGUUGCACAAGAUUAUAUCCCUUCAAUUUCCAAGUACAGGCUCUAUCGUCGGCCAAAUGGAAGAACCAGUUGCACAACUGAAGUGCACUAGGUGCAAACUGAGUUCAAUUAUCUGCUGACUGUAUCAACAGACUUCUGUGGAAGUAAAAAACAAAGGCACGUAGAGAUGACUCAAAGAUCGAGUGCUUGUGAGCUUUGGGUGUAAUUGGAGGUGUCCACUUCUAAAGGAAAGAUGCACCAAGGACAGCGGCGAAGAAUGGCCUAAGAUUUCUGACAUUCCAUCAGUCAUUUGUUCGGAUUGAAGCUAUGCAACGUCUCACUCAACUAGCUAGCACAAUUGGAUAUCUAUGGUUCCAAGUUUCAGGGGAUACAUGUGCAUUGAGAAGUGUUGGAAGUUGCAGUUGCGCAUGAUUAUAUCCAUUCAAUUUCCAAGUACAAGUACAACCAAUUCCUAAAACCAUCGCUCUAUCGUCGGCCAAAUGGAAGAACCAGUUGUACAACUGAAGUGCACUAGGUGCAAACUGAGUUCAGUUAUCUGCUGACUGUAUGAACAGAUUUCUGUGGAUAUAAAAAAAGGCAUGGAGAGAUAACUCAAAGAUAGUGCUUGUGAGCUUUGGGUGUAAUUGGGGUUCUCUGUAGAGAAUGGUUGAGAGAAAGGCUGCGCUGCCUCGCUCGUUUGGAGAAAUUGGAAUUAGGUCCUUUUUGGAUGGAGCUCAACUCCUUCCCUGAUUUUCAAGUUCCAUCACAACAACUUUUCUCAUUAUGGUUACAUGGGUGGCCUAAGCUCAAGUCUCUUCCUCAACAACUUCAACACUACGUUUUCGCUGACAUGGUUGACUAUAAAUUCCUUUAAUGGAGUGGAGGCUUUACCAGAGUGGUUGGGCAACCUUGCAUUUCUCUGGAUCCUGAUUAUUUCAGGUUAUGAGAAUCUCAAGUAUCUACCUUCACUCAAAACAAUGCAACGCCUCACCAAAUUAGAGGUUCUCCGAAUUUUUGGCUGUCCACUUCUAAAAGAAAGAUGCAGGAAGGACAGCGGCGAAGAAUGGCCCAAGGUUUUUCACAUUCCAACUUUCCAGUGCAAAAAGAAAGUCAGUUGCUUGAUUGAACCCAUGCAAUGCCUCAGCAAUGGCUUUAGUAGUAAGUGUACAAUUGAGAGUGUGGCUGUGUGGGAAUCUUGUGUUGUGCAAGUUUAAUCACUCUCCUCUCUUGAAGCAGAAUGAUGAUUGAAGCCAAGCAAUGCCUCAGCAAUGGCUUUCAUGUUUCAAUAGAAAGAUGUACCAAUGGGAGUGCGCCUGUGUGGGAGUCUCAUGUUGUGCAAGUUAAAUCACUUGUCCUCUCUUAAAGCAGAGUAAGGUUUCAAACCAUGUCAUGUCAUAAAAAAUGCAGGUCUGGAUUGAAGCUAUGCAACGUCUCACUCGACUAGCUUGCACUAUUGGAUUGAAGCUAUAACAAAUGGCUGAAGAUUUCUCUCUAUCAAGACAAACCUGGUGAUAUAUGUGCUUGAUUUACUGAUCGAGGCAUUGCUUCUGAAGAAGUCAUUAUAACCUGUUCUAAAUGCAGAAUAGCUCGUGAACAUACGUCAUUUGAUAAAAAAAUAUUCAGUUACUCGAUUGAAGCCAUGCAAUGCCUCAGCAAUUGCUUUCAUGUUUCAAGAGAAAGAUUUACCAUUGGGAGUGCGCCUGUGUGGGAGUCUCAUGUUGUGCAAGUUAAAUCACUUCUCCUCUCUUAAAGCAGAGUCUGGAUUGAAGCUAUGCAACGUCUCACUCAACUAGCUAGCACAAGUGGAUAAUUAUGGUUCCAAGUUUUAGGGGUUACAUGUGCCUUGAGACGUGUUUGAAGUUGCAGUUGCACAUGAUUAUUCCCAUCCAAGUUCUAAGUACAAGUACAGCCAAUUAUUGAAAUCAUUGCUCUAUCCUAGGCCAAAUGGAAGAACAAGUUGCGCAACUGAAGUGCACUAUGUGAAAACUGAAUUCAGUUAUCUGCUGGCUGUAUGAACCGACUUCGGUCACACCGCAUUUGUGUGCUCACUUGGUGUUUCUUAUGGGAAAGCUUGAAUUAUAACGAAUGGAGGCCAUAAGCUAGACAGUUAUGUAUUGUGCUUGUUUAGGAGGAACUCGAAGUAUGAUUUUAGAAGUGUAUUGCAAGCGUCUUGGUGCUUCCAUGUUCAUGAGAUUCAGUAUGGUGGUAUGAUCUUGUUGUGCAUUAUGGUAGAGCUCUAGAGGAUCUUAUGUUUUCAGAGCGUUGCUCUUAGUUGAAAGGGAAAAAAAAAAUGAAUGGAGAGAUGACUGAAAGAUUGAGUGCUUGUGAGCUUUGGGUGUAAUUGGGGUUCUCUGUUGAGAAGAGUUGAGAGAGAAUAUGAGAUUACCUAUGACUGAGCGAUUCAAAGAAUUUUUUUUUGUUUUUUGUUUUUACGAACUCUGUUAAAUCUUCUUUUGACAGUAGUGAAUUAUCGUCAUGGGCUGUGGACGUAACCCUAUUUGGGGUGAACCGCAUUAAAACCUUUCAUCUUA